AUGGUUGAACUCCAUCAACGACAGGAUCCUCCUUCACGUGGGGACUUGCUGUCUUCGCUGAGCUCGCUGAGCUCAGUGUUGUCGUCUGCGGCAUCAGCAGCGUCCGCAGCUGCAACGUCCGCCCUUUUCUUAGCUUCGAUUGAGCAACAAGACUCUUUGCUUGAGACACCCACUGUUACAGAUAUUAUUGCUGGACCAACGGUUCCUGCUGCCACAAAUGGGGGAGAAGCGCCAUCAACGACCGCAGUCAAUCCAGCUUCAUCUACAACAGACAGUUCGAGUUCGAACUCCACAGUUGCCCUCAAUGGAGAGUCGUCGAGUGAUAGUGGCGGUGGCGGCGGUCUGAGCGAAGGUGCAAAGAUCGGUCUUGGUGUUGGCUUGGGCGUUGGCCUGUCUCUUCUCAUCGCCUUAAUCGCUGGACUCUGCCUCAUGCGUCGACGAAAGCGAAGACAGGCGCAGAUGGGCAAAUACACUCCUCAAGCGCAGUCGGACCUCUCGAUGAUCGAAGCGCCUCAAGCAAUGGCCGCAGCACAGACUCGGGGACUCCCGCAAGAACACUACGAGCCUCCGAAGCAAUACGACGACUAUAACGAGUAUGAUCCGCCCCAUCAACACGACGUCUUCGAGACUCCUAUCAGCGCCAUUGCUCCGUCAGACAUCCAUAUGCCUGCGCCGCGAAGUGUGCCUGAUGCACCGCCUGUACUGACAAUACCUACCCCGGACCGCUCUCCUUUGCAUUCGAUCGUGCCUUCGAUUGUGCCCUCGCCAGAGCAUGGCGCUUCACCUGUGUCGCCGGUGUCGAUGUCACCAGUGUCACCUAUUGGAAGUCGGGCGCCGUCGCCCAAACAUGGUCAAUGA